AUGGCUUCGCGACCUACCGUCUCCAUCAUCGGCAAAGAUGGUGCUCCCUCUGGAGCUACCCACACGAUUCCCGCCGUCUUCGCCAGCCCUAUCCGACCGGAUAUCGUGAAGCAGGUGCACACUGGCAUGGCCAAGAACAAGCGCCAGCCUUAUGCCGUCAGCGAGAAGGCUGGUCACCAGACCUCUGCCGAGUCUUGGGGAACUGGUCGUGCUGUUGCCCGUAUCCCCCGUGUCUCUGGUUCCGGUACCCACCGUGCUGGUCAGGCCGCCUUUGGUAACAUGUGCCGAUCUGGUCGCAUGUUCGCCCCUACCAAGAUCUGGCGCAAGUGGCACGUCAAGGUCAACCAGGGCCAGAAGCGAUAUGCUACCUGCUCCGCCCUGGCUGCCUCUGCCUCCGCCCCUCUUCUGCUCGCCCGCGGUCACCAGGUCAUGACCAUCCCCGAGGUUCCCCUGGUUGUCGACUCUGCUCUCGUUGAGGGCAGCUCUGUCGCCCGCACCUCUGCCGCCCUCGCCCUCCUCAAGGCUGUCGGCGCCGGUGCCGACCUCGAGAAGGUCAAGGGCUCCAAGAAGCUCCGUGCCGGCAAGGGCAAGCUCCGUGGCCGCCGCCACCGCCAGCGCCGUGGUCCCCUGGUUGUCUACAACCCCGAGGUCGAUGGCAAGGAGCUCGUCAAGGGCUUCCGCAACAUCCCCGGUGUCGAGACCUCUCCCGUCUCUGCCCUCAACCUUCUCCAGCUCGCCCCUGGUGGUCACCUCGGCCGCUUCGUCAUCUGGACCUCCGCCGCCUUCAAGGCCCUUGACGAGAUCUACGGCAGCACCACCGUCCCCUCUGCCCACAAGAAGGACUUCCUCUUGCCUUCCAACGUUGUUUCCCAGGCCGACCUUACUCGUCUGAUCAACAGCAGCGAAAUCCAGAGCUCCCUCAACGCUCCCAAGGGCGACGCCGUGACCCGACGAUCCGCCGUCCAGAAGAAGAACCCCCUGCGCAACAAGCAGGUUCUUCUGCGCCUGAACCCCUACGCGAAGGUCUUCGCUCAGGAGUCUCAGAAGAAGCAGGAGGCUUAA